AUUAAUAAGGUGGCUGCAAACUUAUGGAAGACUCUGGUUGUCUGAUGUUACUGUCCCUAGUGUAUAUCUGUCUCAGCAGAUUUCCACUUGGCUAACAGAUACCAUCCAAGCAUCAGUUGCUGACUACAACACACUCCAAAUGACUGCAAGUCCUGGACUUGCUAAAAGGUGAUGUGGACCAGUCCAGCCAAUGCAAAUGCUCCCUGUCUCUUUUUCUGAGUCAGUGAACCAGAUGCUUCUGAUGAAUGACCCAUUGCCUGAAUUCCCUCCUUGCCUUUGACUACUAUUCAGCCUUUCUGAGCCCUGACAACAAUGUCCUACUUUCAGCCUGAAGUAGUUACAAAAGAGAGUACAUCACCCCUUGUCCCCUAAUGGGCUAGAAUGUUAAAUCAAAAGGAAACUCCUUGGCACAGGGGGAAAAUAGCUACAUAUAAUGUCUAUUGGCAUACCAGGAAAGGUACCUAUUAAAACCAAGUAGACUCAGAUCUAUCAACAGGAAGAUUCAAUUAGAUGAAAUAGUAUAUAAUAUGAUAGGGCACUCAACCUGCUCUAUGUAAAACAGAGAGGUUAUUAUAUAGCUUUAAGUGGAAAUUGCUGUUUCUAUAUAAACCACUCAGGAAUUAUUAGAAAUAAUCUGGCUGUACUUGAAAAAAAAUCAUUGCAAAAAAUGAGACCUGAGAUGAAGUAAAUAACUGGUUCCCAUUCUCAUUUCCGGGUUCCUUCUAGAUAGUAACUCUGAUGUAAGCCAUCACAGGGCCUUUGGCCCUUCUGCUUAUGCUAAUUGCUGUUGGCUCUUGCAUCACUGAUGCUUUAACUAAAUUAUAAUUCCUGUCUGGGUGCCAUUAAGCUGAUGUCUAUUGGAUCCAAAUAUAAACAGGUACCCAUCACAGAGUCAAGGAUUUGACUCAGGAUACAACUAUAGGGGAGAAUGUGAGAGCCAAAGUUACAGUUCAAGUUUUAAUUACUAUGCCUAAGAGAUUCACGAAACAAAAAUUUCUCUGAUCUGGAAGCCUCUUGCUCAAGAACAGAUAGUUCUUCAAAUGCUGGUGGCUACAUGCCACAUGUUUUUCACUCCCCUAAACAAGUUUGUUUGACCCAUCUGCACCAGAUGUACUUGAUUGCAUUGUGAUCCAGAGGUUCACAGGCAGAAAAUAUGUCAGGAUGUAUGCUUGUCCUUGAUUGGGUGUAGGCUGCAGGUACAUCAGGAUGUAUGCUUACCCCUGAUUGGACCUUGUGAUGAUAUUGUGUUUGUGAUCUAACAAAUAAAGCUUGCCUGAAGAUCAGAGUGCAGAGCUAAGCCUCCAGUUAUCCAUAGAAGCCAAGCAGCGGUGGCACACACCUACAAUCCAGCACUUGGGAGGCAGAGGCAGACAGAUUUCUGUACUUCCCUCUUCAUGUGAAACCCUCUAUGGUCAACAUUCCCUGCUACUUUGUAGUGCAUUUGUAGUUCUGCCACCUUCCAAAUGGAUCGCUUCACCUACAUAACAAAAAGAUUUGGUGUAGUGAAGGAAUGGAUCUUCAGACUGACUGGCUUCCUUUGCAGCCUUUUAUCUCUGGUGUUUGGAAUAGUCCUCUUAAGCAGCCGGUACUGGCGCCUCUGGGAAUUCGAUAAUAAGGUGGUUAAACUUGUGUACAUUGGACUCUGGAAAGCUUAUUACCAUCAGGAGUUUAACAUCUCUGGCUCUGUGACCAGUGUUCUGGUGCACAGCCCUGUCAACUUGGAUUGGACCAUUUCACCUGAAUUUCGGUAUGCACAGAACCUGAUAAUAGUGUCAAUUUUGAUAAAACCUUUUGUCCUGGUUUUCAACUCAGUGGCCAUUAGAAUCAACAUUAUCAAAGCUUCAAUCCCUAAGGUUCAGAUACUCUGCUACAAGUGCUGUGUCUUAAUUCUGCUUCUCAGCAGCCUUUGCACAACUCUUUCUGUGACCUGGAACCAGGCAGAAGAUCUUCAUGGUGAAACCACUCUUGACUUUCCACCCACCUUUCCUGUUAGGAAAGAAGAUCUGAUAAAGAAACACCACACUCAUGUGUUCCCCAUAGGGGUCCUGACAGCCACCCUGUCACUCUUUGCCAUGAUUAUGUUCCUCUUUGAAAUCAGGUCAUUGGAACAACAGAUUAAGCUGAAGGCCUAUCGUGCUUCCAAGCAGGCCCAUCAAAAUGUCUGAAAUGAGAGCUCUGCUGUUUUCAAAAUAUGCCAAGAGAAUGCUUAAAGAUAUUUCCCAUUCACACACAAUACUCAUGUAAUCAUCAACUCGCUCCAAAUAAAACAUCAACCUGGUU